GACUAUACAAUCACAUAUCCGUUAUUCUACUCGUGAAUAAGAAGCGCCAGAGGAGCGUUUUAAUUAACACCUCCUCAAAUUUCAUGCUUGACCCAUUUUUUCCCCCUACAAAUAUAUGAAUUGAGGUAUGAAUUUGUAGAAUUUUACAUGAUGUAAAAUGGCCUCUAAUUCUACUCCAAAACUUUCUUUAUCCAAACUCCCAAACAAACCAAGAAAUAAUAAUAUUCCUCUAUCUACUCCACCAAUUCAUCCUUCAGUUUCAAUCCCAUUUCAAUGGGAAGAAGCACCAGGCAAACCAAUUAGAUCUACAAGUGAUCAGUCAAAGGUAGCAAGAUGCCUAGACUUGCCACCUAGGCUGUUGAAUGAAGGUAAAAUUACGAAUACGCCCUCGCCGACGACGGUACUGGACGGACCUUAUAUCGGUCCAUCUUUUUCGUCGUUUCGAACAGCCUAUGUGGGAGAAAUGGAAGUGCAGAAGAAAUUAGACUUGAGUAGUAAUAAGGACAUGAGAUUAUGUCAAAUAGGUUCUUGUAGGUGGGAAAGCUUUAAGGAAAAUAGAGGAGGCGUUGUCAAGGACAAUUUUGACUUUUCAGGUUCUCUCAGUAAUACUUCGAGUGCUUAUGAUUUUGAUACACAUGAAAAGAAAGUCCUUAGGUUUAGAAGGAAAGGGAGUUUCUUGAGUUUCUCUCGUACCAAUUCCAACCUUUUGGGAGGAAUAUACGAGAACUUUAAGCAGGCGAUCCCAUGGAGAUGGAGACGGGCAAAAACGCAGAGAGCUCUCUGAUUAAUGUUCACGUACAAGGCAGCUUUACUUCCACGUGUAGACUCUUAACAUGGAUAAUUAGUGACUAAGUAUGUAAUGACUUUGAUUAUGUACUGGGCUCGUAUAUGGAAUUAUGAAUCUGUAUUUUGGUGCAACGUAUUUACAACUUAUGUAUAUUGUAUAUAGGUGCUAGCUAUACGCAACGUUUAAGUGGGAACUUAUUUAUUUACUGACGCAAGCAAUGAAAUUACCAUAC